AUGGGACAGAUACUUGAAGCCCUUGAAGGAUUAAUACCACAUCAGCAAUUAUGGGCUGUGGAAGAGCUCCAGGAGAUAACUAAAGUUAGUAACCUUUUUUGGAGGAAAGCAACGGCAUCACAAGGAACAGAACCAAAUAUUAUGCUGAUUCAGGAGAUGCCUGCGGAAAGUAAUUACUCUACAGAGCACAAGGAGAUAACUGAAGUUAGUAACCAGCUUUGGAGCAAAGCAACGCCAUCACAAGGAACAGGACCAAAGAUUAUGCAGAUUCAGGAGAUGCCUGCGGAAAGUAAUUACUCUGCUUUGGAACCGGCUGCUAUGCUAUCUGAGACGUCACUUGAGGCUACAGCUCAAAGUGCAAUCCCUCCUUCAAGGCUCAUGAAGAUUUAUCAUAUUCUUAACAAAAUCGUGAGCAGAAUUAAAAAUUCAAAUGUAAGCACCAUUGGAGUUUAUGGAGGAGAAGGAAUUGGAAAAACCACUCUAUCGGAAGCCUUGAAGAUUCAGCCUGCCAUAAGGGAUAUGUUUCAUUUUGUCAUUUGGGUAAGUGUUCCCAAGGUUUGGAAUCUGAGAGAGGUGCAGCUACAAAUUGGAAGACAAUUGCCUUUGUCUGGUAAAAAGCGCAUAAACAAAUACACGCUUAUGAGUUUUUUAGAAAGCGUGAAGUUUAUUCUAAUCCUAGAUGGUGUUAAUGGGUUUAUUAGCUUGAACAUUGUGGGAAUUCCUGAGCCAACCCCAGAAAAUGGGUCCAAGAUAGUUUUGACAGCUAGAUCAGCGGAAGUAUGCGAUAGAAUGUCAGCCGACUUGAAGAUAAAUCUGGAGGAUUUGUUUCGGGAAUUAUUUUGUGAGAAUGUUGGUGAAAUUGUUUAUUCUUUCAAACUUCAACCACUAGCUCCCAAAGUUGUUGACUUAUGCUGUAACCAUUCGCAUGCUAUCUUUCUAAUGUCAAAGGCAUUGAAAGAUGAAUCUGAUGUUAGGGUUUGGAAGAAUGCUGUUGACAUGUUGAGCAGGCAGCCUGCAUCUCCAGAACAAGAAAUAGAAAACAUCAUGGUUAAUAUUUUAAAAUUCAGCUAUGAUCGUCUUCCUGAUGAUACAACUAGAAGAUGCUUGAAAAAUUGCGCACUGUUUUUCGAGAAGCAGGAGAUUGCAAGAGAGUCAUUGAUAGACAACUGGAUAUCUGAUGACCUGAUGGAUAUGUAUCAGAAAGGCCAAAAAGUUAUUGAAACUCUUGUCACUGCUGGCCUGUUGGAGAGUUCAGAGGAUGGACAAGUUUUCAAGCUACAUGAGAUAGAUAGCUCUUUAUUACUGGAACAUGUUUUUCCAUCAAGAUUGUUUCUCAGGAGGAAAGGUAGUACAUUGACUGAGCUACUGAUGGACGAGAAUUGGGAAAAUUCAGAUGAGAUUUACUUGAUGGAUAACGAGCUAACUGAGCUGUCUGAGAAGCUGAGCUCCCAAGCCCAAGCAUUGUUCCUUCAAAGAAAUCUUAAAUUGAGGAAAAUAUCAGACACAUUUUUUCAAGAUAUGCUUGCUCUACAAAUCCUUAACUUGUCUGUAACUUCUAUUAAAUUUUUGCCGGAUUCUCUUUUCGGAUUGGUCAAUCUCAAAAGGCUCUCUUUGAAUAGAUGUGUUCUGUUGAAAUUACUACCAUCAAGAGUUGGAGAUCUCAGUUGCCUUGAGGUACUUCAUCUUGAAGGGACAGCGAUUGUGGCUCUACCAAGAGAAGUUGAACAUCUAAAGAAUCUCACAUCUUUAAAAGUGUCAUUUCGUGAACCCGUAAUUUUUGAUCAUCCAAAGAAAAUGAUUCCUGAUGGGGUUAUAAAAAAGCUAUCUAAGUUGAAAAAGUUACGCAUUGAUGUGAGUCCAGAAGAUGGGCGGUGGAAAGCAUCAGUGGUAAGUAUUGUUUUGGAGGUUUGCACACUGACAACAUUAGAUACACUUCAGUUUUACUUUCCAAAUGUGAAACUAUUGAGCCAAAUUAAUUGGGAUACCACACCAACAUCUCCACCAUUAUCACAUUUCAAAUUUAUUGUUGGUGAUCAUACCAAUCGCAUCAUUUGUCGACUUCCUCAUGAUGUGGACGUUGAGUUAGGACGAUAUGAUAAAUGCUUAAAAUAUGUCAAUGGUGAAGGUGCACCUGAAGAAAUCAAGAAAGUGCUUAGACACACAUCUGCCUUUUUCUUGGACCGCAAUAUGUCUGUUGAGAAGUUAUCGGAAUUUGAGAUCUCAAAUAUGAUGCAAUUAAAAUGUUGUGUAGCAGGGGAAUGUGAUAAGCUUCAAACUAUCAUAGAGGGAGAUCAAAUGGUAACCAGUGCUUCUGGAGAAGUAGAACUUGGUCUUGAAUCCCUUGAAUAUCUGUAUAUAUAUUAUGCUAAGAGUUUGAGGAGUAUAUGUGAGGGGCGACUGGAUAAUAGUAGUUUCAAAAAACUAAAGUAUUUGACUCUGCACAUGUGUCCAGAGCUGACCAUCAUUUUCAUGCCAGAGUUGCUUGUUAAUCUUUCCAGUCUUGAAGAGUUAAUAGUUGAUGAUUGCUCCGAAGUAAAGAGUUUAGUGCACUGUAAAGAUAAUGAACAUGAGAUCAAGCAUAUUCUGCCGGCCUUAAAGAAGAUUUCUUUUCAUUUCUUACCUGAAUUGGAUAGUAUCUCUGAUGUGGUAUCCAUUGCGCCAAGAAUAGAAUGGAUGGAUUUUUACUAUUGCCCAAAUCUCAAAAGUCUCCCAAUUAGCAAAGCUAUCCACACAAAAUUGAGGCAGAUCAAGGGUGAGGAGAGCUGGUGGCAAUCAUUGGAGUGGCAAAACAAUGAGCAAGAUUCCAAUUGGGAAGACAUUUUUACUCCAGUUGAUGAAUGGGAUUAAAUCACAUGGCAUAUAAGAGAGGUCUUUUUGCCAAGUGAAGUACCUGGAUAGCUGCAAAAACGGAUCAAGACAAAGAAAGUAAUCUGGCAUUGAAUGGAAUAAUGGUCAAUGAUGGCAACAAAGAUCUCAACUAGUUUAGCAUCAAAGCUUAGAUUUGUGUGUUGUGAUGUAAUAAAGAUAAUGAUUUACCAUUAUAGACUAUAUGUGUAGGAACUACUGGUUAAUAGCUGUGUUCAGCUUAGAAAAUUCUGAGGAUAUUGUUAUGGAAUAAUGACAUUUACUAUUUUAGUAAUUGAAGUGUGGUAUUCUCAUAAUAAAUAAUUGAUGUAUAAGUUCUACCAUAUUUUGGUGAUUGUACCAGGACUCUCAUGCUAGUACUGAAUAUGUAAGUUAUUCUUUUUCUUUGA